AGCCAGUUGUUUGAUUUCAGAAACAUAGACUCGGUAUGUAUUAAUCGGUAGUUUAUUUUAUCACAAUACUGAGAACAAACUUUUUACGAACAGAAUAUAGAAAAUAAUGUAAAAAAGGCAUUCCAAGAUGAAAAAGGGCGCGUAAAACAAAUACUGGUUAUCAAGCAGCAAUAUACUUGAUUAUAGGUAUAACAGUAAUAAAAAUUCAGAAUAGGAUUUACAUAUUUAUCCCGGGUAAAAGGAAAACCGACAAACGUCUCAAACAUAUAGCAAACCACGGCCUCUCGCCCGGUUACCAGUCUAUGUUGUGCACCGGGUCCAUGUCGGUAUGGAAUUAAAUAACCAGUUAUUUCCGAUUAAGUGAACCCUCUACGGCAACUAGACCUCCAGCAACUCUCUGGCAAAUAAUUAUCUCUCACAGGAACCUGCGAACAAAUGAAGUGUAAUCAUAAGUGCGGUGGUGAGCGUAUCCUAACGCAUAGUACGAUGCGCCAUACCGCUGAACUGAGAUAAGACAUCAUUUUUAUCUCGUGGAGAAGAAAUACGAUCUAUAUAUAGGGGGCAUCACGCCUCUUAAUGCGAUUGUGCACCGGGAAUGGCCCAGAGAGUUUGGGAAAUCGUUUUUUUGAUCGAUUUGUUCCAAUUCAUUAUUGAUUACUCAUCUUUAAAUGAUUGAUUUGUUUGGUGUUACCACCCUGUACAUUAAUUCAGACAAUCUGUAUUUGAAAUAUGCUCUAUCAAUUUUAAUGUGCGUAUUUAUUUGUAUUCAUUCAUUUAUUUGUGUUUUUCGUCAUGUGAAUCUGGCGCCUGGAAUAGAACUGAAAAAUUAUUAGCGCGGAACAGUUUGGGGCCAAAGGUCACUGCUCUUCAAAUAGUUAUUGUCGUUGGCGAGCUUGCGAUAUUUCCUUUCUUUGACUCGAAUUUGUUGGUUUUUAGUCGAAAAAUUCCACAAUAUCAACAUGGGUCUGCUCACAAUUUUGAAAAAAAUGAAGCAAAAAGAAAAAGAGAUGCGAAUUUUGAUGUUAGGCCUUGAUAACGCGGGUAAAACAACAAUUUUAAAGAAAUUUAACGGCGAAGAUAUCGAUACAAUUUCGCCGACGCUUGGAUUUAACAUCAAAACUAUCGAACAUCGUGGAUUCAAACUGAACAUUUGGGACGUUGGAGGCCAGAAAUCUUUACGGUCUUAUUGGCGAAACUACUUCGAGAGUACAGAUGGAUUAGUUUGGGUGGUGGACAGCGCUGAUAAACGAAGAAUGGAAGAUUGUAUAAAAGAAUUGCAGCUUCUUUUGGUUGAAGAAAGACUGGCGGGGGCAACUUUGCUCGUUUUUGCGAAUAAACAGGACCUACCAGGGUCUCUUUCUUCAGAAGAGAUCAAAGAAGUUUUGGAAUUGGACAGUAUUAAAACACAUCAUUGGUCUAUUUUUCCAUGCAGUGCCGUAACCGGGGCAAAUCUAUUGGAAGGGGUGAACUGGGUUGUUGAUGACAUUUCUAGUAGAAUAUUCACGCUUGAUUGAAUUUAUUUUGUUGUAAUAUUCCGUUUUUCGUGCAUGAUUUAUUUGUAACACUGUCAUGUAAAAUAGUUAUGAUUUUUAGAAUUUUAAUUACUGAGAAAUAAUUGUUCCAAUCGUAGCAAUGAUACAUACAUGCAAUGAUAGUGAAUAUUCUUUCAAAAUAAAUCCGGUCAUUUUCUCAAACUCUAGAUUUGAGAAUUUAAAAAUUGUUUAUUCUGGAAAUUUUCAGUCAUCCCCCCACACUACUAAUAACCUCCUCCCACUAACAUAUGAAUACCCUCUCUCACUAAUAAAAGUAUUUUGCCUAUGGAAUGUCUAUGAAACAUUCACCAUUAUUUCGCAAAGUUUUUAAAAUUUCCAGCAUCAAGCAAAAAAUAAAAAUAGAGGAGUUGUUGAUAUUGGUGGGGAUAACUGGAAAAGGUCCAACUUUUUAUUUUGAGCAAUUGAAAUCUCACAGUAUGAUCAAAGGCUUUUAGUUUUGAGUGAUAAAGAAUAACCAAUCAAAUCACUCUUCAUCUCAACUAUCCUGAAUCUCUAAAUUCAAACUUCCAGAACAGCAGUUCCCAUCAUAUGGGGCCACAAUGCUAGGCGAAAAGCUGAUUUGACAUUUCAUUUUAUAAGAAAACUCCCCGUCUUUCCUAGUUUCAUUGCUUGAUAAGGUUUUUUCGCUGGGUGUUUUCACUUUGUUGAGGUUGAUAUUGUUUGAACAUAUUGGCAUUUGGAGUCUACCAAUCAAAAUAACACUAUAUAUACCACUGGAUUGAUAAACAUGGGCGCCAUGAGUGCUAAAAGCCCCCGGAAGCGGGCCACGAUCCAAAAAAGGGUUGGGAACCACUGUUCUAGAACUUCUAUAUCGUGUUCUUUAUUGAAAAUAGUAGGCCUAUAUGAUUUAAAAUCUGUGAUAUACUUCGAUUUGCACUUCUCUAAAUUUCAUGUGUAAUAAUUUUUCAGA